UAUGUGUGCCUCCCUAUCUUCAUAUAAACUUUGCAGCUUUAGAUUACACAAACUGCAUCCCUACAAGUGCCGUGAGCCUUGGCAUGGACGUCCAAAGCUGCGUAAAGGCCACUCUUCUUGCCCUAACCAUCCUCUGCAUGGUUACUUGGUUGCCCCACAUGUAUUCCUACUUAAGGGCCUUCUUCCUGGAGACCCUCCCUUCCGUCGUCUCGGCUGUCGUCGCACCGAAGUGCCUCUUCGUCUUCUCCAACAUCAUCGUCGUCUUCCUUGUCGGCGAGUCGAAGGUCUCACGGAGGAGCAGUGGGCCGCUGAACACUACUGAUGACAACGCUGCUGCAACUGCAAGGGGAGAGGGAUAUGUGCUGCAUGAUGGGCAGGACAAGGAGGAAGUGGUGCUGGAGGACUUGCUUCCUAUGAUCACCGGAGAGAGCAAACAAGAACAAGAAGACAACAUGUUGAUGGUAGUAGAAGAAGAGCAGGAUACAUCAGCAGUACAUGAAGGUGUGCACAUGGAUCAAAGUGAGGAGGAACGUAGUCAUUUAAUUGUCCAUGAGCUAGAUGAAAUGCAGGGAGAACUGGAAGAAGAGGGUGGGAUACUUGAGUUAGCACUAGGAGAAGAGGUGAGUGGAGAUGUGAAACAAGAGUGCGCGGCGGCGGAGGAGUUGGAGGAGAUGAACCUGCCACCAGCCGACGAACUGAACCGUCGUGUGGAGGACUUCAUCGCAAGGUUCAACAUGGAGAGGCAGCUAGAGGCAAGGAUGCUCGUGUGCUGCUGCUGAGCAGUUCUUAUGAUGUUUUGGACAGGGGUGGAUCCAGGAAAUUUAUGUGCCGGUGUCCUCAAGUAAUAACCGUGCUAGAAUCACGGGGCCAUUAGCUACAAAGUUAGUGUUACAAGGGUGUUUGCAAAAAAUCAUCGGGAUCACACGACUCCGGUGAUUGUAUAACAGCUCUGCCCCUGGGUUUUGGUGUUAACCGUUAGGAAUCUCUUAUGUACAAAAGAAGUUACAUCAAUGUAAAUGAGUAAAGUAUUUUAGAAUGAAGUGCGCAACGUUUUUGAUA